AUGGUUGAGCUCAAACCUAUAUUCAGAAAGGCCUACUGGUCUUUGGCAGCCGGUGGUCUGAUCUAUGUGCUCUUUAUUAUUUCCUUGACCUUCCCCGGGAUUCAGCGUUUUAUGCUUUAUGCCAAUAAGAUUAACCCUUCUAUCUGGCAGGAUAUCAAUCAAGUUGAGCAAUUUGGAUUUCUGAGAAUCCAAGUCCAACCGUUUCAUCUGGUGACACCUGAUAAUGAAACAAUCUAUGGCUGGCACUUGAUGCCGUUGCAUCUUUGCCUUGAACAUGAAAUGGAACUUAUGGAGAACACAUCCUCAGGUCCGGCAGAUGAUUAUACUACAACGACUGCAUAUAAACUACUUGCAAAUGACCCCAAUGCCCGAGUUGUGGUAAGCUUCCAUGGAAAUGCAGCGCAUUUAGCCUCUGCUCAGCGCCCGCACAAUUACAACUCCAUCCUCUCCGUUUCGACUCCGUCAAACCCAGUCCAUGUUUUUGCAAUCGACUACCGAGGCUUCGGUGUGAGCACCGGAUUUCCCACUGAAGAAGGUGUCAUCACAGAUGGUGUCUCACUUCUUAACUUUAUUACAGCAGGGCCUUUGAAGGUCCCCACAUCUCGUAUCGUCAUCCUUGGCCAAAGUCUCGGAACUGCUGUGACAGCUGCGGUAGCUGAGCGAUUUGCAUUUGGAUCGCCCGACCCUACAGCUCUCCAACCAGCCAUCAAGAACGCCGAGCCUUUUGCCGGCGUCAUUUUGCUGGCCUCAUUCAGUAGUUUGGCCCAUCUCAUUGAGUCCUACAGCAUCAAGGGGCUUACGCCGCCUAUGUUAUCUCCACUCAUGGGAUAUCCGCGCUUCCAGAAAUGGGUGAUGAGCCAUAUUGUGGAUCAUUGGGACACGGCCGCAAGAGUGGCCCGUCUCACUGGCGUUGCUGCGGCUGAAUCAGACGCCUUUGGCGUGAAGUAUACUGACAAAAGUCUUGAUUUGACGAUUGUUCACGCCUUUGACGAUGUUGAUAUCCCUUGGUAUGAAGGACGCCGUGUUUGGAAGGCUGCCACUGCCGAGGACAUUAAAGGUGCUCCGGGGCAUUUGACAUACUACAAGGCCGAGGAUGGUGAUCCAGUUGAGAUCAAGAUCUGGAAGAAUGAGAUCGACGGCCAAGAUGGAACUGAGAUUGUGAAGACCGUUAGAUGGGAGCGGGUACGAUAUGGAGGUCACAAUCGUGUUGCAUCAGGCUCAGUGGCUGGUCUUGCCGUCUUGAGGUCCUUCGAAGCGUGA